GCCUAUUGAUCAUGUUGUGCGCGUUCAAGCUAUAUUGAAAGACGAACCGUUUGAUGCAUGUCUUCUGCAAGUUGUUCCAAAUGAAGACAGUUGUCAACAAAAUAUAAACAGUUUAAGACACGCAGUGAAGUUAAAAAGUUUGGUGCACAGAGAUUAAUGAAGUACAUCAAGUUCAGAGUUCGUCCUAAUAAACGUACACCUUUGCAACCGUUAGAAAACCCAACCAGUGGAACCGACUCUGAUGCCUUUACAGCGCUGUUUCUUAAACCACUGACUGUUAAAUGUAGGGAGCUGCUAUCUCCGCUUUGUUUUCGACUUUUAAUUCCAAUGUAUAUAUCUACCCCUAUUUCUUCUAAGCAACAUGUUGAUAAAAACCAAUCACGAAUUUCACCUCCUAUCAUUUCAAAUUCUUGUAAAUCUUUGAAAGGCAAAGUGUCAGCGUCAGUGUCAGUUGGUCCGAAAAAAACACGAGCAAAUAGUCAGGCUUGGUCGGGAAGCGGGAGCGAUCGCUCUCGAUUGCUGACCACGUAAAUAAUAUUUAUUUGCGAAAAGCUGGCCAGAUUUUUUAGU